UGAUUCCUUGAUUUGCAUCAAUAAGGGUUGAAAAUGAUCACAUCAACCACACAUUUCUACAAGUCAAAAUCACCUUUUCGUUUCGAUUGGUGUCACGGGCAGGACCACGACUUAAACCACACUGGACGCAUGUGCACGUGCGACACGCUGCGUGGCCCAAGUCGUCCCCGUCCGUCCCGAAGCUGUCGCGGACGCGCCGUUGACCGCGGUGACACGUGCACGUGACGUCGAUCGCUUUCGAGGUUCCACGUCCGCUCCUCGCUUCGACCGGUGCGAACGGAAAUGAGAAAAACGAACCGGACCGGCUCCCCACCCAACACCACCGGCCCACCUCGUCCUUAUCCCCACCACCGCCACCGCCACUGCCACUGCCACUCAACCACCACCCCACCCACGGGCUUCGCUAUACCCACCCCCGCACCGACGCCACUACCUAACUCCCGCCACGAACCAUAACCCUAGUCCUGAACCGCAUUCAUUCACGCGCAUCCGAACCCAUGGCCGCCGCCGGAUCGGCGGAGCGCCGCCCCGGGCCUCCGCCGCCGCCGCCCCGGAAGCCCGCCCCCGGCCAGCCAUGGUCCCACAUCGAGACUGCCCACCUGAUCGACUCCUACGAGGAGCGAUGGCACGCCUUGAAACGCGGCCAGCUCAAGGCACAUCAGUGGGAGGAUGUUGCCGCCACCGUCGCGGCCCGCUGCGGCCUCGACGAGCCCUCCAAGACCGGCACCCAGUGCCGCCACAAGAUCGAGAAGCUCCGCAAGCGGUACCGCGCCGAGCGUCUACGCCCCGUGCCCUCCGCCUGGCCCUUCUUCGGCCGCAUGGACCGCAUGGAGCGCGGGCCCCUUCCCCUCUCCAUCCGACCCCCGGGUCGCCCGCCUCCCUCCUCCGCCCUCUCCACCGACGAGGACGAUGCCGACGAAGCCGACGACGACGACGACGAGGGCGAAAGGGCGGGGAGCAACACUCGGAGCAUCAACGGGAUCCUUCGGGAGCCCAACUGGGGGCCAUCUAAAGUUCGCAGGAAUCACGUCCUCCCCAAAAGGAGAAAUUUUGAGGUGGAGGAAGGGGACUCCGAGCAGGAAGAAUCGGAGGGGGAGGGCGCAAGCGGUGUGGAGGCCAUGUCGCAGCUGGCGGCAGCUGUGAGGGGGUUCAGCGACACCUUGGUGCGGAUGGAGAAGAGGAGGAUGGAGCUGAUGAGGGAGAUGGAGAGAGAUUGGAUGGAGAUGGAGACGAAGAGGGCCGAGAUGUUGAGGGAGUCGCAGCGAUGCCUCUUGGACAUGAUCGCCGACGCUUUCCCUUCAUCCAAGAAGGCCAAGAAGUCUGGGAAUUUAUAAGCUACUGCCGCAAAAGGUCAUGCAACCUCAUGCUCUUGUCCUUUGUUCUUUCUUACCACUCUAUUAACAACCACCAUAUCUUGGAUGAUGAUAAGUAAUUUAGUGGGCCUUUCCCUCUCUAUUUAUUCAUUUUUAUGCCCA